GUGUGUGGGGAAAACGCCCUCCAGGUUCGUCCCGAUCUCGGAGCUUUCUAAUCUCUUCGGAGGGUCUGGGGAACUCAUCUACGAUGGUGGAAUUUAAAAGAACAAUGGAACCCCUGACUACGAUUGCACAAAAAUAAAACUUGCUUUUUAUUUUUCUUCUCUCUUUAGCCUCCCCCCCCUUCCCCAAAUUGGGUGUUGGCUUUUAACUCUUUGAAAGCUGAUUGCAAAAACUGGCUGUAAAUGCGAAGGUUCUUGAAGCUCUCAUUUAAAAAAAAAUUUUAUUUUGAUGGUGAUCAGGUUGUUGGGGGGGAAAAAAGGCAAGUUGGAACCCUUUUUUUUUCCCCUUCUGGUUAUUUCCAAAACGACGGAGACAAGUUCACUGUGUUACCAAAGCUGUUUAAUGGAAAUAGAUUUGAUAAUUACGAUAUUAGGCGAUGACGUUUGAUUCAGAUUUUCCUACUCAGUAAUUAUGCCAGGAUCUUUUGAUACCUUGAUAACUUGAGCAUAAAUUGUUUACUACUUGUUAAAGGUCGUGGUGAGGAGCUGGUGUCUUAACUUCUCACACCUGAAUGCUAAAAGACGUACUUGAGUCAGUUUCGAGUCUAAAAGUUGAAUUUAAUCAUCUUAGUUUUUUAUUGUUUAAAAAAGCUAUGUUAUCACAAGCCAUCAUCAGAAAAACUUUUAGCACGGAAUAUUCUGGUAACCAAAUCGCCUCCUGGUGAAGUUACUUUUUGGUAGUGUAAAUAUUAAAGUCGGGCUGCUCAGUAAUGGACGACGAAGAGAAGCCAUAUUUGUUGCAUGUAUAAAAUUUUAGAUAUGCUUCAAAACGAAACAGUAUCUUAAAGAUAACAGGUUUCAAAAAAUGGCAGAGUUCAGUGAGUAGUCUGUAAUUUAAAAAUGGUUUGACGAGAGAAUUAAUGUUUAAUGGUUUGGAGAACAAACCUAAAAUGCACAAACCUUUUGUGUAUUUUAGAAUGUCUUCGUUCUGCAGUGCUCUUGUGUUAUAAAGGUGCAGAACUGCGUAAAAAUAAGUGUUCGGAAUAUUUACGUAGCACAUCUGAUGUCAAAGAAAGCUGGUUUCCUUGACCAUAUAUACAACGGUCUUGAUAUUCCAGUAAAAUUGUUUUUUUUUUAAAAAUAGCUUUGAUAGAGGUGUGUGUUACAUCAGUUGCGCAUAUCUUAAUUUUACUGAAUAUUUUAAAUCCUGGUUUUGUUUAUUCAUGUCAAUGUUUUAGAAAUCUUUGAAUUGUAAAAGUGGUUUUCCAGAGGUCAUUUUAGAAUCUUUUCUGAAUAGUAAAAUGCAAAGAUAAUUGCUAGUCAUUUUACAUCACAAGAUCUUUUUACAUGGUAAUGGAGGAGGUAGGCUGAAAACAUUCCAGACCUGGGUUUGAAAUAAAAUAAAGGUCACAGAUGUUAUGAGUUUUAGAUCUGCUUGGAAGACAAAGGUAGUACCCCACUUUGUGAGAUCAAGUAACUUGGAGUUUAAAAUUUAAAGUAAGCAGUGGCCAUUUUAACUUUACUAAUUUCUCCAGGAGGAUUUAAUUUUUAAUGCUGGAGAAGGCUUUUUGCAAUUGUAAUGGAAAUUCUUAAGAGAUUGCAGUUAUUAAAAAUGGUAAACUUUUUCUGUUUAGUGAGUGGCUUCUAAAGAGGAAAAAAUAAGAUUGUAGCAAUCAGUCUUGAAUUUUCUCUAUUUUUAAUUGCCAUCUUAAUCCCUAGUAUUUGAGUGCAACCAAAAGAUGGGGAAAACAAAGACUGACAGACAUUAAGGGUGAGAAAUGACUGCUACCAUGAAUGUACAGGUUACGGCCAACACCUCUUUAGGACGCCCUUACAUCUUGUCUUUUUCAUAUUUUCAUGUUGUUAUGUCAGUUUCUUUGGCUAAGACAUGUUUAAAAUUAAAACAAUUGGUAUCUUUUUUUUUUUAAAGGUAACUUACAAGAUUAAAUUGAUUGCUGAUAGUUCUGAACAAAUACAGCUUUUAUCCCAGGUGUGUGCCAUUUGAAGACCCUUUCUUUAUCCUUGAUGAUAAAAGGAAACACUUUGGAAAAUCUGUUUCACAUAUCAAGUAAAAACUUGUUUCCCUGUAUGGAGUAAUAAAGGCUUAAGCAACAUGACAUUGGUGGGAACAUUUACACCCAGUCAGCUUGAAGAAUCAAAUGAACCCUACCACUGAGAAAUCAAGAUGGCAGUCCACUAUGGGAAACUGAGGAAAAUGGAUUUAAUGCAAGAGUGCUGUGAUAUGUACAACCAAGCAGGGCUCUUUAACAUGGAUUCCAUGAAACCGAAGAUACAGGUUUCUAACCUAACUCAUACGGCCAGUGGAUGCGACUUUCUAGAGACUAGUACAUUUUUACAUUUGGAGAAGAGAGAUGACAUCUUAACCCAGAUGCUAGUUUGUAUUCCUGAAACUUUUUUGCAAUUUGAUUUAAAUAUGCCCUCAUGGAAUGUUAAUAUCAAUAAAAUUUCUAACACUUGAAAUCGAUCAGUUUGGGCCUUUUUUUUUUAGUAGAAAUUUCAUUAAAUUAUUCAGUUAUAACCUUAAUGCGUUGACUUUUAUGUUGCCCAGGAGUAAAGAAUACUGAAUAAAGAUGGUGAAUUGGAAGUGUGCUGGGAAAUUUUUAUUUGGUUGAGUUGGAUGUUUAUUCACAGACUGUAAAUUGAUGUGCUUUGGGGUGGUCACUUGGUUAAAACAUGAUUUUGCUUGUGCUUUUAUAUCUUCCAAGUUCUGAACAAAUAUCCUUAAAUUUUUGUUUGGGCUUUCUUGAAGCAUCUUCCAAAAUGACUUAGUUAUUGGUAAUAAUAGAAUCCUUAAUCUGUAUGAGAUUUUAAUAAUCCUUUAAUAACAGUAUGGUUAUUGGCUACAAACUGAGAAUGAGAGAUACACUAUUUCUCUUUGAAUUACUUUGUGUUGAUGAAAAUGGCCCCUUUAUGCCUUUAAAUAGUACAAAUCAUCUUUCAAUAGCAUUUUCACCUAAAUAUUCAAACUGAUGUUUGCUGUGUCUUAAUAUUAAGGGAAAUGUAUUAAUUGUCCUUAGGGUAUACAGAAAAGGCCUUGAAUUGUUGAUAAUUGUGUGUUCAAUCUUAUAUGUAGGUAUCUUGUAUUUUCCUUAUUGUAUGCAAUUGUGGAUUUGCAACAAAUGAAUCCUACCAGGCCAUACAUUACCUAUGGCUAAAUUUUAGAUGCCAACUUUUCAUUGGGAAUUGUCUAGUAGCCAGUUUGAGUAUCUAUGAUCUUAUAAAAGGCAAUAGGUUUUAUUUUGGUAAGGCCACAUGAAUCAUCAAUUGUAUUUUCUCAUACAAAGAAUAAGAAUAAUUUUUGUGUUGCAAAUAAUCUUACUGUGUGACCAGUGUCAGUACCAUAGCCACCAUGAUCCAUGAUCAAUACUUGGUACAGUGUUCUUGACUGACAUGAGAUGGUUGGCUGAUCUUUCUUUAAACUUUUAAUAUUUGGGUUUUGAUUUUGAUGUAGAAAUGGAAGUCUGGGUUAAGUGUUUUAAUUUUACCUAGAGUGAACAUUGUUGUUUUUGUUGGUUGUUUAAAUGGAUAUAGUUGAUGAGGGACGGACACGGUUGUGAUUGAUCUGAUUCUGUGUUGAAUGUGGAAUGUUGAUUGGACAUUUUAGGCCUUUUCAACAUGGUUACUUGUUUACAGGAGUAUUUAAUGAGAACAAUGAGUAAUUGUUUUUGGCAUAGUAAUAAUUUUGUUUCUGUGGUGGAUCUUAUGGUUGUUACCCUAAGAUUUUGCCUUGUGACAUUACUUUGAUAGUUUAUAUUAGAUUUGUAUUAGCAAGAGUAUCAUUGGCUAAAUGAGUGUAUGCUUAGAAUUUGAUUUGAAAUAUGAGGUUACUGUUUGGAUAUGUGUUUUUCGUUUUAGAGAUAAUUUCUUGGGUUUGUCAUUUAGUGACCAUGGUUGGUCCGCAGUCCUGAAUUCUAGGUGCUUUGUUUUGCCAAAACCAUUAUGUGAAGAAGAUAUUUUGUGAUUAUUAAAAUUCUUUGGGGGGUGAAAUUACUAAGGUUAUUUUAAUGGGUUAAACAAUUUUGUCAAAGUACAAAGCAGUAUUGAGGUUCUUGAACAAAACAAAAAAAUCCUGGUUAAGUUUUGCUCUACUGAAACUGAACACUAGGGAGGCGCUCUUGAGUUAUUAAAAAUUACCCUUUUCUCCCAGUUGGGAUGGAAAAUUCCAUUUUAAACUUUGACUUUGCAUAAUUUUUAGACACCAUAAAGAUGGCAAGACUUGAAUUUAAUUUGCAAAACUUAAGUUUUGCUUUUAUUUGGAAACCAUUCCAUUCAUGGGGGGGGGCUUAAUUUUUUUUAAAAAACAAAUUAGUACUUAAGCUGGCCUUUUAAGAUUCAUUUAAGAAUUAUCCCCAUUUCAAAAUGGCUUGAUAAAACACUACUUCCUGUCCAGGGAGGAAGUUAUUUUAGCUGAAGGACUGAAAUAUUUAGCAGAUCUUUAGACAAAAGGAACAAAUUACAUUUCUUUCUGGCUAAAAAAGGGUGCUUGAGCCAGAGGGGGUUAAGGAGCCCUUCCCCCUCCCCCUGAUGGGGUGGUCUGGAGGGGCAGCGAGGUAGGGGGGUUGGGGUCUUCAGGCUCCCUGGGAUGGAAGAUCUCUCUCUUUUUUUUUUUUUUGGUGGAGAGAAGGGGUGGGUCUAUGGUACAUCACCUGAGUUGUGGGGUAAAUGUAGAGAGUGUCAAUCAAAGGCAGAGCUCUCAGAGCUGGGAAGGAGGCUCUAGAUGGCGGCUGUGCCUUAGAGAGAGCGCGCUCUCUCCCUGCCUUUGCCUCACUUUCCGCAACUUUCCCUAACUUUCGGGCAGCCUCAGGGGGCCCCCGCAGCCCCCUGCCUCCUAGUGACUUUCUGGGGUCGAGUGGAGCCUUUUUUUAGAGAGAAAAGCAGCUUUGGGGAGCUUUCUUUUCGUGCCUUGUUGGAAAGAAGCCGCCGUACUGAGAUCCCAGGUCGUUGUUUUUGCAGCUCAGAAGCCAUGGCGCACCUCCAUUUUUGUGCGCUCUCCUAAUGAGGUUUUUUUCCCCUUCCGGACCCGUUUUAGUGUUGAUUAUUGCUUUGUUUUUUUGAUCAGUGAACAUUUGAGGAUUGUUUUAUUUAUUUUUUGAUUUUUUACCGGAGGCUUUUUGCUUUAUUUUGAAUUAUUUUGGAUCCGAUAUUUUUCUACCACUAGAUAGGACUCUUGCUUUGGACAGACUACAUGGAUCAGUAAAUACCUGGGCACGGGACUUCAAACACAGAUUCCCCCUCCCCCUUAAUAUUUAAGAAUUAAAAGAUGAUGAGAAAUAAGGACAAAAGCCAAGAGGAGGACAGUUCGCUACCCAGCAAUGCUUCGAGUCAUUCAGCCUCUGAAGAAGCUUCGGGUUCAGACUCCGGCAGCCAGUCAGAGAGUGAACAGGGCAGCGAUCCAGGAAGUGGGCAUGGCAGCGAAUCGAACAGCAGCUCUGAGUCCUCUGAGAGCCAGUCAGAGUCUGAGAGUGAAUCAGCAGGUUCCAAAUCCCAGCCAGUCCUUCCAGAAGCCAAAGAGAAGCCAGCAUCCAAGAAGGAACGGAUAGCUGAUGUGAAGAAGAUGUGGGAAGAAUAUCCCGAUGUCUAUGGGGUCAGGAGGUCAAAUCGAAGCAGACAAGAGCCCUCACGAUUUAAUAUCAAGGAAGAGGCAAGUAGCGGGUCUGAGAGUGGGAGCCCAAAAAGAAGAGGCCAGAGGCAACUGAAAAAACAAGAAAAAUGGAAACGGGAGCCUUCAGAAGAUGAACAGGAGCAAGGCACCAGUGCAGAGAGUGAACCAGAGCAAAAAAGAGUGAAAGCCAGAAGACCUGUCCCCAGAAGAACAGUGCCUAAACCUUCUCUUAAAAAGCAAACGAAGACUCAGCGUGGGAAAAGGAAAAAGCAAGAGUCUUCUGAUGAUGAUGACGAUGACGAUGAAGCUCCCAAGAGGCAGACUCGUCGAAGAGCAGCUAAAAACGUUAGUUAUAAAGAAGAUGAUGACUUUGAGACUGACUCCGAUGAUCUCAUUGAAAUGACAGGAGAAGGGGUUGAUGAACAGCAAGAUAACAGCGAAACUAUUGAAAAGGUCUUAGAUUCACGACAGGGAAAGAAAGGAGCCACUGGAGCUUCUACUACUGUGUAUGCUGUUGAAGCUAAUGGAGACCCUAGUGGUGACUUUGACAUUGAGAAGGAUGAAGGAGAAAUCCAGUAUCUCAUCAAGUGGAAGGGUUGGUCUUACAUUCACAGCACCUGGGAAAGUGAAGAAUCCUUACAACAACAGAAAGUGAAGGGUCUAAAAAAGCUAGAGAACUUCAAGAAGAAGGAAGAUGAAAUCAAACAAUGGUUAGGAAAAGUGUCUCCUGAAGAUGUGGAAUAUUUCAAUUGCCAACAAGAGUUAGCCUCAGAGUUGAAUAAACAGUAUCAGAUAGUAGAAAGAGUAAUUGCUGUGAAGACAAGUAAAUCUACAUUGGGCCAAACAGAUUUUCCAGCUCAUAGUCGGAAGCCAGCGCCUUCCAAUGAACCUGAGUAUCUAUGCAAAUGGAUGGGGCUGCCCUAUUCAGAGUGCAGCUGGGAGGAUGAAGCCCUCAUUGGGAAGAAGUUCCAGAACUGCAUCGACAGUUUCCACAGUCGGAACAACUCAAAAACUAUCCCGACGAGAGAAUGCAAGGCUCUGAAGCAAAGACCACGAUUUGUGGCUUUAAAGAAACAGCCAUCAUACUUAGGAGGAGAAAAUCUGGAGCUCCGAGACUAUCAGCUAGAAGGCCUCAACUGGCUGGCUCAUUCCUGGUGCAAAAGUAACAGUGUAAUCCUUGCUGAUGAAAUGGGCCUAGGGAAGACCAUCCAGACCAUAUCAUUCCUCUCCUACCUGUUCCACCAACACCAGCUGUAUGGACCCUUUCUUAUAGUCGUCCCUUUAUCCACCCUCACCUCAUGGCAGAGGGAAUUUGAAAUCUGGGCACCAGAGAUUAACGUAGUGGUUUACAUAGGUGACCUGAUGAGCAGAAAUACGAUACGGGAAUAUGAAUGGAUUCAUUCCCAAACCAAAAGACUGAAAUUCAAUGCACUUAUAACAACAUAUGAGAUCCUCUUAAAAGAUAAGACUGUGCUGGGCAGUAUUAACUGGGCCUUCCUGGGAGUGGAUGAAGCCCAUCGGUUGAAGAAUGAUGACUCUUUAUUAUAUAAAACUCUGAUUGAUUUCAAGUCCAACCAUAGGCUCCUGAUUACAGGCACCCCUCUUCAGAAUUCCCUCAAGGAACUCUGGUCCUUGCUGCACUUUAUUAUGCCGGAGAAGUUUGAGUUCUGGGAAGACUUUGAAGAAGACCAUGGGAAGGGGAGGGAGAAUGGCUACCAGAGUCUUCAUAAGGUGCUAGAGCCGUUCCUUCUCCGGAGAGUCAAGAAAGAUGUGGAGAAAUCUCUGCCUGCCAAAGUGGAGCAGAUUCUCAGAGUAGAGAUGUCGGCUCUUCAGAAGCAGUAUUACAAAUGGAUUCUAACUAGGAAUUACAAAGCUCUUGCCAAAGGAACGAGAGGUAGCACCUCUGGUUUCCUCAACAUUGUGAUGGAAUUGAAGAAGUGCUGCAACCACUGCUACCUGAUUAAGGCCCCAGAAGAGAAUGAAAGGGAGAAUGGGCAGGAAGUUCUUCUGUCUCUGGUCCGGAGCAGCGGGAAGCUGAUUCUGUUAGACAAACUGCUAACAAGACUUCGAGAAAGGGGGAACCGUGUCCUUAUCUUCUCCCAGAUGGUGAGGAUGCUGGACAUCCUGGCAGAGUACCUGACUAUCAAGCAUUACCCAUUCCAGCGUCUGGAUGGUUCCAUCAAGGGAGAAAUCCGAAAGCAGGCAUUGGAUCACUUUAAUGCAGAUGGCUCUGAGGACUUCUGUUUCCUGCUCUCCACAAGGGCUGGUGGCCUGGGAAUCAAUUUGGCUUCUGCAGACACAGUCGUCAUCUUUGACUCUGAUUGGAACCCCCAGAACGACUUGCAGGCACAAGCCCGAGCCCAUCGAAUUGGCCAGAAGAAGCAGGUAAAUAUUUAUCGCUUAGUCACAAAAGGGACUGUGGAAGAGGAGAUCAUAGAACGGGCCAAGAAGAAGAUGGUUUUGGACCAUCUGGUGAUUCAGCGCAUGGAUACCACUGGCCGCACAGUCCUGGAAAACAAUUCAGGAAGAUCUAACUCAAAUCCUUUUAAUAAAGAAGAACUGACUGCUAUUUUGAAAUUUGGAGCAGAGGAUCUCUUCAAAGAACUUGAAGGGGAGGAGUCAGAACCUCAGGAGAUGGAUAUAGAUGAAAUUUUACGUUUGGCUGAAACCAGAGAGAAUGAAGUAUCCACAAGUGCGACAGAUGAGCUUCUGUCACAGUUUAAGGUUGCGAAUUUUGCAACGAUGGAAGAGGAGGAGGAGCUGGAAGAGCGUCCUCAUAAGGACUGGGAUGAGAUCAUUCCAGAAGAGCAAAGGAAGAAAGUAGAGGAGGAGGAGCGGCAGAAAGAACUGGAAGAAAUUUAUAUGCUGCCUCGGAUUCGUAGCUCCACCAAAAAGGCUCAGACAAAUGAUAGUGAUUCUGACACUGAGUCUAAGAGGCAGGCCCAGAGAUCUUCUGCUUCUGAGAGUGAGACAGAUGACUCUGAUGAUGAUAAGAAGCCAAAGCGCCGAGGGCGCCCACGGAGCGUGAGGAAAGACCUCGUGGAGGGAUUUACUGACACGGAGAUCCGCAGGUUUAUCAAAGCUUAUAAGAAGUUUGGGCUCCCUCUAGAACGGCUGGAGUGCAUAGCACGUGAUGCUGAGUUGGUGGAUAAGUCUGUAGCAGACCUGAAGCGCCUGGGCGAGUUGAUCCACAAUAGCUGUGUGUCAGCAAUGCAGGAAUAUGAGGAACAGUUGAAGGAGAACGCCAGCGAGGGGAAAGGACCAGGGAAAAGGAGAGGCCCCACCAUCAAGAUAUCUGGAGUUCAGGUUAAUGUGAAAUCCAUUAUCCAACAUGAAGAAGAGUUUGAGAUGCUGCAUAAAUCUAUCCCUGUGGACCCUGAAGAAAAAAAAAAAUACUGCUUAACCUGCCGUGUCAAAGCUGCACACUUCGAUGUGGAAUGGGGCGUGGAGGAUGACUCACGCCUGCUGCUGGGAAUUUAUGAACAUGGCUAUGGGAACUGGGAGUUAAUUAAAACGGAUCCAGAGCUGAAUCUGACUGACAAAAUUCUACCUGUGGAGACAGACAAGAAGCCUCAGGGGAAGCAGUUACAGAACAGAGCUGACUACCUGCUUAAGCUGCUCAGGAAGGGCCUGGAGAAGAAGGAGGGCGUGACCAGUGGGGAAGAGGCCAAAUUAAAGCGAAAGCCUAGAGUAAAGAAGGAAAACAAAGCGCCUAGGCUGAAAGAUGAGCAUGGACUUGAAUUUUCAUCUCCUCGUCACUCAGACAACCCAUCUGAAGAGGGAGAGGUAAAGGAUGAUGGCUUAGAGAAAAGUCCAAUGAAAAAAAAGCAGAAGAAGAAAGAGAACAAGGAGAACAAGGAGAAACAGCUGAGCUCGAGGAAAGACAAAGAAGGGGACAAAGAGAAGAAGAAGUCGAAAGAGAAGAAAGAGAAGCCUAAAGGUGAUGCCAAAUCUGCAAAUAAAUCAAAGCGAUCUCAGGGUCCUGUCCACAUCACAGCAGGAAGUGAGCCUAUCCCCAUUGGAGAGGACGAGGAUGAUGAUCUGGACCAAGAGACCUUUAGCAUCUGUAAGGAGAGAAUGAGGCCCGUGAAAAAGGCACUGAAAGAGCUGGAUAAACCUGACAAGGGACUCAAUGUGCAGGAGCAGCUGGAACACACCCGGAACUGCCUGCUCAAAAUUGGAGACCGGAUAGCCGAGUGCCUUAAAGCUUACUCAGACCAGGAGCACAUCAAACUAUGGAGGAGGAACCUAUGGAUUUUUGUUUCCAAGUUUACAGAAUUUGAUGCUCAAAAACUCCAUAAGCUAUACAAGAUGGCUCAUAAGAAAAGAUCUCAAGAGGAGGAGGAGCAAAAAAAGAAAGAUGACUUGAUUGGUGGGAAGAAACCGUUUCGCCCAGAGGCCUCGGGCUCAAGCCGGGAUUCUCUGCUGUCUCAGUCUCACACCUCACACAGCCUUCACCCUCAGAAGCCUCAUAUGCCUGGCUCUCAUGGCCCACAGAUGCACGGACACCCAAGAGACAACUAUAGUCACCCCAACAAGAGGCACUUUAGUAAUGCAGACCGAGGAGACUGGCAGAGGGAAAGGAAGUUCAACUACGGCGGCAACCCACCCUGGGGCAGUGACCGGCACCAUCCGUACGAUCAGCACUGGCACAAGGACCACCAUUACGGGGACCGGCGGCACAUGGACGCCCACCGUUCAGGAAGCUACCGCCCCAACAGCUUGUCCAGAAAGCGGCCGUAUGACCAGUACAGCAGCGACCGAGACCACCGGGGCCACAGAGAUUACUAUGACAGGCACCACCAUGACUCCAAGCGGAGGAGAUCUGAUGACUUCAGGCCUCAGAACUAUCACCAGCAGGAUUUCCGGCGCAUGUCUGAUCACCGCCCCCCCAUGGGUUACCAUGGCCAGGGACCCUCAGACCACUACCGCUCCUUCCACACAGACAAGCAGGGGGAUUACAAGCCGCCGCUGCCCCCUCUGCCCCUGGCAGCCUCGGAUCCCCGCUCGCCCCCUUCUCAGAAAUCUCCUCACGACUCCAAGUCACCCCUGGAUCACAGGUCUCCUCUGGAGCGGUCCCUAGAACAGAAAAACAACCCAGAUUAUAACUGGAACAUUCGGAAAACAUAGAGGGCAGCGCAGGAGGGGAGAGCAGGAGGCAUCGGCACGAGGACAGUUUUGGUGUGGGCCCGCAUGGCCGACGGGAGGCUGGUGAGUGGAGUUCUGACCCGACCCGCUCCUCCGUCUCCUCCCGGCUGAAGGAGCACUUGAAGGGGCGGAAGCCUGCACUUUGCCCCUGCCCCACUCCAGCCCUCUAGGGGAGGGAGGAAGGGGCGACUUGGAGAGCCCCGCUUCCUUGUGCCCUGACCUUGGGCAGUGGGUGGAAGGACUUGGUGACCGGACGAUGCUGCUGAUUGGGAAUGGGGGAGGGAAGGGGUGCGGGGUCUCAGUCGUCGCAGGACGCAAAGGGGAGCAGGUACACCCCUGAAGCGUGUUCUCGGGAGAGAUGAUACCCUUGGUCUCGUGUGAGCCCCAUGGGGCAGGGGUGGGUGGGGCGGGGAGAACAGCUUCCGCGUGCUCUCUCCCCACCGUAGCAACACUAAUUUUCCCGUGCUGUCGGUACAUUUCAAAGGUCUGGUGUCCUGGGCCGGGCCCUUCCCCCUGCAGGGAAGGCAGGGCGCCCGGCUGGGGUUACACCGGUUACUGUGGCCCAACGCUGCUGGCCCCAGGCCUGGGCCGAGGGCGUCAGUGUGCAGGGGACAGGAGUCCCUGGUGGACUUGUGGUCCCUGUGGCAGGAAGGACAGCCACGGGCCCUGCUGGCGGGCUCAGAGGCCAGGGUGGGCAGGCAAUGGGGAGCGGCCCUCUUAGGGGAACUUGGAAAUGCCAGCAUUUCGUACUGGAGGAGGCGACGUUUUGGUUGCAUUUCCUUGGCUUUGCACAACUCAGAAAAGGCAGACUGUCCAGAGGCCCGCGCCUUCCCGCCCACCUCCUGGCACUAUGGGGUCGCAGUGCUGUGGGGGAGCCUCAGGGUUGCACUCAGUUUCUUUUAGAAUAAAGUCAGUAAAGCAUAAACCUAACACCCCUCCUCCCGAGGCAAGAAGCAUGCAAGGCUGGGCGGCCAUGCGAGGCGCCGGCUGGGGGCCGGGCGCUUCCGCUCUGCGCUCUGCGCUCUGCGCUCUUCUGCGCUGCUCGCUUGUCCUCCGGCCUCGGCUGGUAUUUGUGUUUCAUAGAGCUUGUCAGUAUUGUGAGGGGACCCAAAGCUUUUCUAGAUGGAGACAGAAAAAUGGACAGGAACGGGUGGUAGGGUGUGGUGUGCUGCUUAGUGCCCAGGCUCAGCGCGGCUGGAAACCCUUUCACAGAGCAUGUGCAGGGGCCAGCCCCCGCAGGGACCCCCGCAGGGACGAGGGGCCCCCACCUGGACGGCGCUGCGGAUGCCUUGAUCCAGACAUACCUGGAACAUGGCCAGGCUAGGCUUUGGUGUCUACAGAGAGCGGCAGGCAGGUCUGGGGAGGCCAGUGGCCCAUCGCUGCCUUGUGACUGCCCUUGGAGUGGUCCCCCUGUCCCUGUUCCUGUCCCACGAGCCCCGCAGGAGUUUAGUGACCCCCUUUCCUCCCCCCGGCCUCCCCUGACGUCGUGCCAAGGAACCACGCCCGGAGCUGCUUGCUGGUCAUUGCCACACUGUCCCAAGCCAAAGAGGAAGGCUAGCUUGGCUUGUGGGGUCUUGAGUGCACGGGUUGCGGGCUCUGAGCCUCUGUACUGACAGAGACGGUUCCCAGCUGUUGGUGGGAGGUGGGAGUCCAAAGACGUCCCAUCACGAGAGGGGCUUCCUCCCCGGGUGGGCCUGCGGUGCCAUGCCUGGAGAAGGCAGCAUCGGCCAGAUCAGUGUUGUAGAUCCUGAGCGUCCCCGGAAGCGGAAGUGAUUGUUGAAGGUGUUUGCUGAGCGGGACGAGCUCCAGGUUUAAAUCAGUAUGAGUGUCAUAUGCUCAAUCCAAACAGAUUUGCACAGGUCGCAGAAACUGCCCGGGGCCCGAGGCCCGGCCCCUCCACGAUGGAGGCACCCCCACGCCUGAGGCCGGCAAGGCUUGACAUGGCGCCACAGCCCUAGGAAAUGAGGUGGAACCCGAGCCCUUGGCCGGGCACUGGAGGAUGCAGGCCAGGCGGGCGGGGAGCUGUGCGGGCGUGGCUUUCCCCGCGUGGCAUUCCUCAGCCCCACACCAGGCCGCGGCACCCAGGCCUUCACUUAGCUCCCACCACACGCAAGUCCUACAGACCAAAUCCACGUGUCAGCAGGCAGUGGACCAGGCCCGGCCGGGGCUGCCGUUGCCGUGCCGCGCUGGGCGGGAGAGCCGGGCCAGGGCUCCAGGCUGCUUUCGUCCAUCUGUGCCCCACCCGCUUGGGGACAGGUGGUUACUCUUCAUUGUAAAAUUGUGGACUUUUAAAACCUGUUGACGAAACAGUAAUUAUUUAUAUUUGUGAAAAAAAAUGCCACUGUCCUAGUGAUUUCUGAUGUAAAUAAUGUUGUUUAUAUAGUAUGUAUUAAAUUUUCCUACAUUGUA